CCGCACCCCUCAAUUCAGUUUCAUCGGUUGGGCAACGUAACUGCCUCGUCUCGAUUGAUUUCACUCUGUGAUGAAUGAAAAUAAUAACUACGGUGCAUAAUCCCUAGUGAAAUUUACACAUAAACUCAACAACGAUCGGUAUACGUGAAUGUGGUAGUGAGUAAAAAGGUGGAUUCGUGGAUUUGUGAUAAAACCAGUUCCUCCUUUGAAAUUGUGACCUACAACUCAUGUUUACGUGCUAAAACUUAGUUGAGUGAAUAAUUUGAGUUCUUCGGCAUUUCGUUUCGUCUUAAUGGGAUCUUGUUGAACUACAGGUGUUGAAGGCAGAGCGGCACAAUGCCGGAGGGCGUGGCGAAGGAUGGCAAAGACGCCAAGGAUGGCAAGGAUGACAAGAAGCCGAAGGACAAGGAGUCGCCGAAGCGGCGCGGCAACCUCGCACGGGUCAACGUGGAGCUACUGGACGGCUCCGUGAUGGCGCUGGAUGUGGAUAGAAAAAUUCGCGGGCACGAGCUCCAGGAAAAAGUUUGCGCCGAACUGAAUCUCGAAGAGAAGGACUACUUUGGGCUGCUGUUCGAAGACCGAGGGGACCCCAGGGCGUGGAUCGACCCGGAGAAACGCGUCUCUAAGAUGAUAAAACAUGAGCCGUGGUACGUGCGUUUCGCGGUGAAAUUCUACCCGCCGGAGCCGGCGCAGUUGCAGGAGGAACUCACCAGGUACCAGCUCGUGCUGGCCGUAAGGAAGGAUCUGCUGGAUGGUCGCCUCCCCUGCUCGGCGGUGACGCACGCACUCCUAGCCAGCUACCUGCUCCAGUCGGAGCUGGGCGACUGGGACGGGUCGAGCGCGGGCGCGGCGCCGUGCGCGCAGCUGCGCCUGGCGCCGCCCGCCAGCUGCACGCCCGACCUCGAGGAGAAGGUGCUCGAGCUGUACAAGACGCACAGGGGCCAAACGCCAGCAGAAGCAGAGGCAAAUUACUUGGAAAACGCGAAGAAACUCGCAAUGUACGGGGUCGACCUGCACCCCGCCAAGGACUCGGAGAAUGUGGACAUUACCCUCGGCGUGUGCUCCUCUGGACUGCUCGUGCAUCGGGAUAAACUGCGUAUAAACCGUUUCGCGUGGCCCAAAAUCCUCAAGAUCAGCUACAAGCGUCACAACUUCUAUGUGAAGCUGCGCCCGGGCGAGUUCGAGCAGUUCGAGUCGACGGUCGGCUUCAAGCUCGCCAACCACCGCGCGGCUAAGAAGCUGUGGAAGGCGUGCGUUGAGCAUCAUACGUUCUUUAGGCUGACGUCGCCGGUGCCGGCGUCGCGCGGCACGCUGUUCCCGCGGCUGGGCUCGCGGUUCCGCUACAGCGGGCGCACGCACUACGAGUCGCGCUCGGCGCUGCCGUCCCGCCCGCCGCCCGCCUUCCCGCGCGCGCUCUCCUCGCGCCGCCUGUCCUCGCGCAGCGCGCUCGCGCUAUCAUCAGGCGACAAAGAUGACAUGCCCCCAGAUGCAGCGAAGAGGCACACAAUGCCCCCGCAGCCUGCCCCAAGACCGACUAUUAAGGAUAAGAAACCACCGCCCGGUGCGGUUAAAGUGAUGCCCACAGCGCCACCGGAGAAGAAAGAGGAAAAGAAAUUGGCAGAGCAAAAGAAACCGGCUGAAAACGGUACCGACACGACAAGCGACCCAGGCGUUGCAAAUAACAUUGAAACUACACCUAAAAAGUCAAAGGGAGGUUUCGGCUUAUUCGGUAAGAAAGACAAAUCGCCUAAAGAAGAAAAGUCGCCCAGAGAAAAAUCACCCAAGGGUAAAGAUAAAUCUCCAAAAGAAAAGUCUCCGAAAGACAAGGAUAAGAAACUCAAAGAUCCCAAAGCUAAGAUAGCUGUGCUCGAUACAUCCAACGAUAGCUCUAACCUUGAUAGUUCAGUGGAUAAGAGUCCAACGAAGGAAGAGAAACGUUUUACAAAACCGUACGAAUAUACAGACACAGAGAAGAGCCCAACAAGAAAACCUUACAUUCAAGGUGCAUUUAGUUAUGAAAAAGAACCGAUCAAUGAUGAAAAACAGAGAGGUAUGGAUGACAGUCAAAGUCCAGGCACGAGGAAGGCGGGACUCGCUUUCAAUUACGCUCCUGGUGAAGAUAAAAAGGUGGCUGAAAGUGCAGAAAAACGUAAAACACCUGAAGAUCCGAGCAAAUUAAAGACGCCAGGAAUUGAUUACGUUCAAUCCGCAGCUCUUAAAGAACAAGCUAAAUCUCCAAAGCCUAAUGUAAUCGACCCAACUUUAGCUUUGCUUGAUUCAGAGAGAGCGCAUCAUGAAACACCAGCGGCAGCUGUAAUUCCAGUUAUUGCUAAGCCAGAUAACGAAAUUCAAGUUGUUAUAAUAACAGGUCGCUACAAUCCUAAAUCGAAAAAGUUUGACGAUGCAAAUGGCACUAUUUUGGUCACUAAAGGCACGCUUAAUAAAGCAAACGGCAAAAUAACGACAGAAAAAGAAACAAUUAAUACGAAAUCGGGUCAAGUGAACUACACAGACCCCGCAACUGGUAAACAAGAAGUAAAGAAUGGCCACGUUGAUUCUAAAUCAGGUCAUAUUCUCUUCACGUCUGGUGUUAUUGACCCCAAGACUGGAAAGAUGGAUCCAACGUUGGCUCAACAAUACUGCUUCGUAGAGAAAGCUGAUGAUAAAGUUGGUGCUAAACCGGGCAGGGAAGUAGACCUGGUAGUUAUUACAGGAAAAUACGAUGGUAAACAUAAGAAACUGGAUGCAAGUCACGGACACGUUGAAGUUUCAAGAGCUGUUGUUUCGGCGGAUGGCACUAUUAAUUCCAACUACGGUGUUAUCGAUCCACGAUCAGGAAAGAUUGAAUUUGUUGAUCCCAAAACAGGAAAGCAGGAUCCCAAGCAGGCAUACGUCGAUCAAAAGACCGGCAACUUGCUCGUAACUACUGGCGUGUUGGAUCCUAAAUCAGGCAAGGUCGAUUCAUCAUUGGGUCAACAGUUUAGCAUUGUUGAAAAAGAUGCAACUAAAGCAAAUAGAGAAGUAAGAUUAGUCGUGAUUACCAGCAAGUAUGAUUUGAAGAGUAAGAAACUCGACCCAGCAUUUGCUCACGUAGAUUCAAUUAAAGGUGUGCUCAGUGGUGCUGAUGGUAAAAUAUACUCCGAAUAUGGAGUCAUUGACCCUAGAACCGGUAACAUACAAGUUACGGAUCCGAAAACUGGCAAACAGGAAGUUAAACAAGCUCAAGUCGAUCCUAAGACGGGUAAUAUUCUUCUUGUAUCCGGUGUUAUUGAUCCCAGAACUGGACAAUUAGACACCUCUUUAGGUCAACAAUAUAGCAUUGUCGAUAAACCUACCAGCACAUUCGCCGUUGUACCUGGAAGGGAAGUACAAGUUGUUGCUAUUACUGGUAAAUAUGAUACGAAGACCAAAAAACUUGACAAUCCUAAUGGUUUCAUCGAAACAUCUCAAGCCAUUAUAAGUGACAAAGAUGGUAAAGUACACACAAACUUCGGUAUAUUAGACCCUAACUCGGGCAAAAUUUAUUACACAGAUCCCAAAACUGGGAAAAGAGAUUCGAAGCAAGCCUCUAUCGAUGCUAAAACAGGCAGCUUCUUACUUACGUCUGGUGUAAUUGACCCGAAGACUGGUAAAUCAGAUUCGUCUCUAGGACAGCAAUUGACUGUUGUAGAUAAAGAUGCGCCAAAAGGCAUGCCAGAGAGAUACAUGAACUUAGUUAUUGUGACGUCUAAAUAUGAUCCUAAGACUAAGAAACUUGACCUUACCAACGCACACGUUGACACUGUUACUGGUAAACUUGGAGAUGAUGAUAAAGUUUACACUGAUGUUGGUGUUAUCGACCCGGCGACUGGUCAAAUAACGAUAACUGAUCCAGUGACAGGAAAACAAGAAACAAAGAAGGCGACAGUUGAUCCUAAGACAGGAAAUAUGCUCCUCACUUCCGGUGUCAUUGAUCCUAACACUAAAUUAGUCGAUCCUACAUUAGGACAACAGUACUCAGUUGUAAAUAAGCCUAAAGACACGUUUGCAUCUGUACCUGGUAAAGAAGUUCAAUUGGUGGUUAUUACUAGCAAAUAUGACUCGAAGUAUAAGAGAUUAGAUAAUCCUAAUGGCCACGUAGAAACAUCCCGUGGAAUCGUUGCCGCUGAUGGUAAAGUUCAUAGCAACUUUGGUGUUAUCGACCCUAAGACCGGUAAGAUUGAACAAGUAGAUUCACUAACUGGCAAUCAAGAAGUGAAGAAUGCUAUUGCCGAUCCUAAAACAGGACACCUUAUCGUAAAUUCAGGUGUAGUAGAUCCCAAGACAGGAAAAGUUGAUUCAUCUCUUGCGCAACAAUUUACCAUUGUUGAUAAAGAUGUUAAGCCAGUUGAACGAGAAAUUCACCUUGUUAUAAUUACAACUAAAUACGAUCCAAGAACUAAGAAGAUUGAUCCCACUCAGGGACAAGUGGAUACAGUCAGUGGUACUGUUGGCUCAGAUGGCAAAAUACGCACAGAGCUAGGUGUUAUUGACCCAGCAACGGGAGAGAUUACAAUCAAAGAUCCAAAGACAGGUAAACAAGAAGUAAGAAAGGCACAAAUUGACCCAGCCACGGGACAUAUGCUAUUAACCAGCAAUGUUGUCGACCCGAAGACGGGUAAAGUAGAUCCCUUAUUGGCACAACAGUAUAGCAUUGUUAACAAACCAGUCGUGUCACAUGCCAAGCCACCAUCAAAGGGUGAAAUAAGACUUGUGAUUAUCACAAGCAAAUUCGAUCCUAAAACUAAAUCUGUGGACGCUAGCUCUGGUAAUGUAGACGCUGCUAAGGGUUAUGUCAGUCUUGAAGAUGGAAAGAUACAUACCGAUUUCGGUAUUAUCGAUCCGAAGUCAGGUCAAAUCCUGUAUAAGGACCCUGUAACUGGUAAGCAAGAGCUUAAACAAGCAGAGAUCGAUCCCAAGACGGGAGCUAUAAUCGUAACGACAUCAGUAGUUGAUCCUAAGACAGGCAAAGUUGAUCCGACAUUCGCUCAACAAUUGAUGAUUGUUGAUAAGCAGAAUGUUCUGCCUAAAGCGGCACCAGUUUCACAAAGAGCUAGUGUGUCCCCAGCAAGACAAAUUCCAACUCCCGUUAAAGCGCCGACUACGCCUGUACAAACCCCGUUGCAAUCUCCUGUGCGUACAUCAUCUCCUAUGACAAAUCAAUAUCAAAAAGCAACACCUAUUACAUCGGUUCAAGGUGUUGCUCCUACCAAACCUACUACCGCUCCGCCUGCACCACCUAAGAAGAAGAUCGUUAAGAUAAUGGUUAUAUUUACAAGAGUCGAUCCGAAAACAAAGAAACCUGAUUUCUGCACUGCUGAAGUGGAACAUCUUACAGGAGUACUAGACCCUAACGGUUUUAUUGAAACCAAAUACGGAGUUAUCGAUUCUAAUAAGGGAAGUAUGGUGAUAACUGAUACAGCAGGACAGAAACAAACUAAGGAUGGUACAAUUCUUAGUGAAACUGGACAAAUCUUCAUUAAUUCUGGUGCUAUUGAUCCGAAAACUGGAAAGAUUGAUCCUAAUCUUGGUAUGAUUUUGAGUGUAGCUAAACAAGACGAUCCCGUUGUUGAUAUUACUACUAUAACAGGUCCUAUUGACAGUAGAACAGGCAAGGUGAACAUCGAAGAGGCAGUAGUCGAACAUACAAAAGGAAAAGUUGAUGCGGAAACUGGCAAUAUCUCUACUAAAUAUGGUGUUAUCGACCCAUCAAACGGAGUAAUGUUUGUUUCGGAUACAACAGGUUCUCAAGAUGCUAAACCAAUUACCAUCGAUGAAAACAAUGGCCAGAUCUUUAUUAAGGGUGUUGUAGAUCCAAAGACUGGUAAAGUUAAUCCAAAUCUUGGCCAGUUGCUUGUUGUAGGCAGUCAUAUUGAUCCAGUUGUCGAAGUUACAUCUUUCGUUGGAAAAGUUGAUGCUAAGAAAGGUGUUAUUGAACCUAAGAACUCGGUUAUUGAAAGCAGCACAGGUCAACUCAAUCCUGAUAACAACAUCAUCAAUACUAAGUAUGGACAAAUUGAUUUGGUCAAGGGAACAGUUACAUACAAUGAUCCCAAGACAGGCAAAUUCGAAAGCAAAGAACUUAAAGUCGACCCUGUUACUGGUCAAUUCUUAUUGCGAACUGGACAAAUCAAUCCUAAGUCCGGUAAACCAGACAAGGAUAUCGGCAGGUUAAUGUGCCUCAGAAUAAUCCAAACUAAAAUCGAUCCCGUUUCUGGAAAACAAAUUGUUUCAAACGAUCCUAAAAACGUCAAAGUCGAUCCUAAAACUAACCAAAUUUGGAUCGCUGGACCGAAAGAUCCUAAAACUGGAGAAGUUCUGUACACCGCUGGCCAAAUCGAUCCUAAUACGGGUUACAUCAUUUCUAUCUACGGUCGUUUGGACCCGAAAACUGGAACUAUCUCUAGAGCUACAGAUGUUGAGAAAUCUCUUAUUAAAGUUGACCCAGUCAAUGGCCAGAUUUACACAGCAACAGGUGAUGUUGAUGAAAAUAAUGAACCUUUGUACUCUGCUUCGCAAGUCGAUCCUGGAACUGGAGAAAUUUACACCAAGCUAGGAAAGAUCGAUUCAAGAACGGGUAAACUAAUAAUCGUGAAGAUCUACAUUAUUACACAGAAAGAUGAAAAAGGAAGAGUCAAGGAAAUCGACCCAAAGGAAUGUACCAUUGAUGAAACAACCGGAAGAAUUAUCACAACUAAAACCGUAUAUGUAUAUCAAAUUAUCGACCCGAUUACCGGUGAAACGAUCGACGUGGAUCCUGAUGAUCCAAGACUUAAGGGAGCAAGGACAACCGUCACACAAACUAUGACGUUGUCUGGCAAGAUCGACCCUGUAACUGGAAGAAUUAAAACGGAAUACGGAGACAUCGACCCGGACACAGGAGAUAUCGACCCGAGCACCGCCGUGAGAGAUCCCGUCACCGGUCAACUCAUUUUGCACUACUCGCAAAUAGAUCCAUCGCACUUCGAAGACAAGAGCGGCAAUUACACAAUCGAAAAGGAAACGCAAGACCUGCCCGCUAAUAUCGACAUACAAACGGUCAACACGCAUAAGUUCUCAACCUUCGGUAAGGACGAGAGUCCCGCGCGAGGCGACGAACCCAAAACGUUCACCGAGUACACGACCAGCGAGCACAUCCGGCACCAAGGCUACGUGGCCUCCUCGACCCCCGUAUCCUCCAAGAUCCCGAUUUCACAGCGAUCCAAAAAGACCCCCACACCGCCCGUCGUCGUCAAAACGACGACCAAACAACUCCUCACCAAGAACGACGAGGGCGUCACCCACAACGUGGAGCAAGAGGUGGAGAACCUCGGAACUGGAGAGGUGACCUUCUCCACGCACACGAAUAAGGCGGAAAACAUUGAAUCGACGGAGGGGCGGAGUCCGUACGUGACUGCGCGGGCUGUUACUACGCGAAUGGCGACCACACACCACGAUCUCGACACGAAGGCGAAAACACAACAACUGGAGGAAAAGACAGUGGCACAUACUCUGACUUCGUCCGCCACGAGGCAGGAACAACGCGUGGUCACGCAAGAAGUUAAAACCACGGUUACGACCGGCGAUCAGCUGACGAGACACGGCUCGCAGUCGUCGCUCAGCAGCGGGGACUCCGGAACACCUAUCGACUUUGAAGGCGAAGGACAUUAUUAUGUUACGGAGCCUGGUUCAUACCGCACCACGACUACAAGUACUGUGCUUGGAAACGCACCGUUUGGCAGCAUGUUGCAAGGUGCCAACACUAAAAGUAGUACAACAGCGGUCGGCCCUCAAGUGACCUCCCGUACUCCAGAGCCCAUUGAGAGUGAGCUGAGCGGUGAGGAGGUUGUCUCUUCGCAGACCAUCAGCUCGAAGACACGCACCGUUGAGACUAUCACCUACAAAACGGAGCGCAACGGCGUGGUAGAAACUCGCGUGGAACAGAAGAUCACCAUACAGUCGGACGGUGAUCCCAUAGAUCACGAUCGAGCGCUCGCUGAGGCCAUACAGGAAGCCACAGCGAUGAACCCCGACAUGACGGUGGAGAAGAUCGAGAUCCAACAACAGAGCACGCAGCCCUAAACACAACCUGUACAAUGUACAUCCCGCGAAUAUUAUCAUAAGUUAUUUAAUUAUUAAUGUACUCGUUUAUAAUUGUACUUUAUUAUAUCGAUGUUGUGUCGGAAACGCACUCUAUUUAUAGUUACGAAUUGUAAAAAUACAUGGUAAGGUAUGUUGCAGCAUUUUUUAAACGAUUUUUUAAGCUUAGGCUAAGGAAACGGAACCUGGGCUUAGCGAUGCCAUAAAUAGUGUUCGUGUAUUUAAAACAAUUUCAUUUUGAACUUUCGAUUUUAGCUUUAAAAGUGUCACGAGUUAGACCACCGUUAUUUAGUGAUAAUUUCUCUCAACCUUGACAACGUAGGACGGGACUAAAAAGAAAUAUAAUAACAUUGAGAUAAUAUUACUACGUAUGGAGAAGACACCAACAAAAUCUGUGCGCCAUUUUUUUGCCCUAACUAAGUUUUAAAAAUUAUUAUCUAGUUAGGUAC